CCAAUCAAAUGUGAAUUAGCAUAAAACUCACUCAGAAAAAAAAAAAGUCAAAAACUUAUAACAGAGUUUAACCAAGGUUGCAUUUCUUCCUGGUUGUCCAGUUUUUUUAUUUUUCUUCUAUCUCUGACUAUUAUCCUCUUCUCAGCUGAUCAGUAUCUUUUUUUCGUUAAGGAAUAAUGAAUGGAAUAUCAUACUAUAAUUUAUCCAUAUAGACAGUGGAGAAGUGAAGAGAAGUACAGGCCUUUCUUCAUCAUUAUUCAUCGACUUAGGCGCCAGACAGAGGACAACAGGUAGAUCUUCAGCUCAGCAACACAACGAGAUGGAUGUGGUACUGAAGGGGCAUGCUUCUUAUUCACCGCGAAAUGACAAGAGAGCUCUUUGCCUUUUUGUCAUGGUCUGGAUUGUUUAUUCCAGGUUUCACGCAGUGGGAUCAUUCUUUGACACUUAUCCACAUUAUUCGUCGUCGUAUGACUGGUCAUCAUGCUGGUCUACUCUGGGGGCAAUCGUCAUGUCAAGCAAAACCAUGAAGAGGUUAGAAUCAGAAAAGACGCUUUCCUGGUGGUUUGGUGACCCCAAGACCAACAACUGGGAAACUAGUCUGGUGCUGGAGCUGCAAAACCAGAUUGCAAGAUUGAGGCUUGAACUUGAGAACAACAAAUGUUAUAAAGGAGUGACUAGUGAUGCUUUGGAAUUGAUUUCUGAUGUUUCUGACUUGGCGAGCAUGGUGAAGAAGGGGAUGGAAGAACAAGGGAGGGUCAGAAGCGAAAAGCACCGUAUGUCAGAAGAAGAGGUUGCAAAAUUGAAACUUGAACUGGAUGGAACAAAAUCCUCCUUAAAAGCACUUGAAGACCAGACAACACUUCUGAACGAGCAGAAUAAAACGCUAGAGGAAAACAUAUAUAAACGCGAUACGGAGAUAAAGGAACUGAAAGUAGCCAUCUCUGAUGCUAAGCUGAAAUUUAGGAAUGAGAAAGCUCAGCUACAUAAGGUAAUACUAGCUUUAGAACAGCGUCAAGGGGUACUAGAGACGAAUCUGAAGAAUUCGGAGUCGGAGGUACGUAAAUUAGUGAAGGUGCACAGGAGACUUGAAGAUGAACAUAGAGAAUUUCGAGUUUUGCAAAGAAACCAUGUAGCAGAGAUGGAGAGGCAUCGUCUGUCAGAAGAAGAGGUUGCAAAAUUGAAACUUGAACUGGAUGCAACCAAAUCUUCCUUAAAAGAAGAGGCUGCAAAAUUGGAACUCGAACUGGAUGCAACCAAAUCUUCCUUAAAAGCAUUUGAAGUCCAGACAGCACUUCUGAAAGAGCAGAACAAAACGCUAGGUGUAUACAUAUCUAAACGCGAUAUGGAGAUAAAGGAACUGAAAGUAGCCAUCUCUAAUGCUGAGUUAAAGUUUAGGAAUGAGAAAUCUCAGCUACAGAAGGUGAUACUAGCUUUAGAAGAGGGUCAAGAGGAACUAAAGACGAAACUGAAGAAUUCGGAGUCCGAGGUAUGUAAAUUAGUGGAGGAGUACAAGAGGGCUGAAGGUGAACAUAAUGAGUUUCGGGUUUUGCAAAGAGACCGUGAAGCGGAGAUGCGUGGCGAGAUGGAGAAACAUUUGAAAGCAAAGAUGGUUGAGAAAGGGAAAGAGUUAGAAGAAUUGAGUAAGAACCUCGAUGAACUUAAAUCCAAUUUCGAUACAUUGAGAGCGGAAAGAGACGAGCUGGACGCAAAGGUAACUUCGUUGACAACCGAGGUGGUGUCUAGAGAUGAAAUGAUAUGUCAUAUGGAAGAGCAUUUGCACAGGUUACAUAAAGAGCAUGUGGAUAUUAUAUGGAGAUGCGAGGGAGCCACAAAACAAGCCGAGGAGCAAAACAAAAGGUUGAGAAGAAUUGAGAGGGAAGUGGAAUGGCAGAGGGACAUGAUAGCAGAAGGUGCAGAAGAGAAGAAAGAAGCAAUAAGGCAACUGUGCUUCUCCUUAGAGCAUUACAGGAAUCGUUAUUACGAGUUCAGGAACGCGUUUAUAGAGCUUACGAAACAGGCACCAGUACAAGACAUUGCUUACUAUUACAGGAAGUAGUAACAAACCUCAUGUCUUUUGGUCUCACAACUGAGCAAUGUUAGCUAAAGAUGAACAAAUACCGUCAGAAGCCAAUGGAGCGACUCGAUUGAAAAUUCGGUAGACAUGAUCUUAAACAGGCAGGAGAUUAGUUUUGCUCCAACUGAACUGAAAUUUGUUUUUCGGAGGAGUUAUAUUAGUUUUUCGUUGUGUGGAUAUAUUUGUUGUUAACUGUACCAGAUAGUUAUGCCCUUUUGUACAUGCUUUGAUGUAAUAAUCUCACAGACAGGGCUACUAACCCAUUAGUGUCUUAUUUAUUGUUGACACUGUCUAAAAUUCGGCAUA